UAUUAGGUAGAUGAUUCCAAUAGAACUAAUAGCACACAGCUCUUCAGUCACUGGGCUACUAAGUAGAUGAGUCCAAUACAAUUGUAUAACACACAUCUCUUCAGUCAAAAACAAAUUCCUCUCAACAUUGACAGGAAGUGCCUCCUCUGAGUAAUGAGAAGGAGCCAUGUCUUUAGAGUUGAGGAUAAGGGAAGUGUAGGCCAGGCUGAGAGAGGCGUGUGUGUCUGUCUUGUGUAACCAGGUGGAGCAGCACUAAGCCACUUCCUGUACGCUAAGGCGAGGAGCCGCCAGCGAGUGGAGGCAUCACUCAGCCUCAAGCAGCUGCUGUAGGAGGACAACACCACCCCAACACAGAGAGAGACAGGAGAACGAGAGGUUGCCCACAAUACCCAGCUUUGGAGGGCCAUCAUCCCCCAAGGCCCAGGAAGACAGAAGAGAGGACAGCAGAGAGGAGUGUGGGACGGUUUCUAAGAGAAGGGGCUCGACCGCACCCAUCCAGAGAGGAGCGAUGGACCCUCGGAAGUGGACGGGAGGCCUGCUGGUUCUGUCUACUGCACUACCCUAUGUCGAGGCGAUGACCCCACUGUACGACCCUAAACUCUGCUACAUUCUGGACGGCUUCCUCCUGCUCUACGGUCUCAUCAUCACUGGACUGUUGCUCAGAGAGAAAUUCUUCAAGUCCAAGAUAUUGGAGGAUGAUGAUAUCUACACUGAUCUGAAACCUACGGACGGGGGCGGUUAUGGACGAGUAAACAGAAGGGAUCCAGAGAGUGCAACGGCACGCGAUAAUCGCAGGAAUAAUGACGACACUUACACGUCCCUUAAAAAACCAACAGACGACACGUACAGGGAGAUUGCUGUGAAGGACAAGCAGCGCCGCAGGAACAAGAACGACCAGGUGUACCAGGGUUUGAGUGCCGCCACCAAGGAUACCUAUGACUCUCUCCAGAUGCAGCCUCUCCCUCCGCCUCGCUAACAGAAACAUCAUGGAGGAUCAGCCUCUCCCUCCGCCUCUCUAACAGAAACAUCAUGGAGGAUCAGCCUCUCCCCCCGCCUCGCUAACAGAAACAUCAUGGAGGAUCAGCCUCUCCCUCCGCCUCGCUAACAGAAACAUCAUGGAGGAUCAGCCUCUCCCCCCGCCUCGCUAACAGAAACAUCAUGGAGGAUCAGCCUCUCCCUCCGCCUCGCUAACAGAAACAUCAUGGAGGAUCAGCCUCUCCCUCCGCCUCGCUAACAGAAACAUCAUGGAGGAUCAGCCUCUCCCUCCGCCUCUCUAACAGAAACAUCAUGGAGGAUCAGCCUCUCCCUCCGCCUCGCUAACAGAAACAUCAUGGAGGAUCAGCCUCUCCCUCCGCCUCGCUAACAGAAACAUCAUGGAGGAUCAGCCUCUCCCCCCGCCUCGCUAACAGAAACAUCAUGGAGGAUCAGCCUCUCCCCCCGCCUCGCUAACAGAAACAUCAUGGAGGAUCAGCCUCUCCCUCCGCCUCGCUAACAGAAACAUCAUGGAGGAUCAGCCUCUCCCCCCGCCUCGCUAACAGAAACAUCAUGAAGGAUCAGCCUCUCCCUCCGCCUCGCUAACAGAAACAUCAUGGAGGAUCAGCCUCUCCCUCCGCCUCGCUAACAGAAACAUCAUGGAGGAUCAGCCUCUCCCCCCGCCUCGCUAACAGAAACAUCAUGGAGGAUCAGCCUCUCCCUCCGCCUCGCUAACAGAAACAUCAUGGAGGAUCAGCCUCCCCCCCGCCUCGCUAACAGAAACAUCAUGGAGGAUCAGCCUCUCCCCCCGCCUCGCUAACAGAAACAUCAUGGAGGAUCAGCCUCUCCCUCCGCCUCGCUAACAGAAACAUCAUGGAGGAUCAGCCUCUCCCCCCGCCUCGCUAACAGAAACAUCAUGGAGGAUCAGCCUCUCCCUCCGCCUCGCUAACAGAAACAUCAUGGAGGAUCAGCCUCUCCCCCCGCCUCGCUAACAGAAACAUCAUGGAGGAUCAGCCUCUCCCUCCGCCUCGCUAACAGAAACAUCAUGGAGGAUCAGCCUCUCCCUCCGCCUCGCUAACAGAAACAUCAUGGAGGAUCAGCCUCUGAUAUCUAGAACAGUCCUUGUUGUGUAAAAAGUAUGUUUGCAGUUGUGUUACUCCCUUUUUAUCUUUCAAGCUUUUGUUGGAAAAUCUGGAGACUUUUGCGCCAGUAACAAUUUCAUAGCUGUCUUAAUAUAUGAACUUGAUAUUUUAUCACUAUUUUAUGACUUUAGCUCCAGUCUGUAACCUUUGACCUUAACUCAUUCUACCGACCCUACUGACCCUUCCUCAUUGGCUACUACUUCUCUAGUUUAUACCUGGAGUAAUGUAAUUAAAGAAUAAAUAUGUAGGGUAUUUUGCAUACAGUGUACAGUGUAAUUGUGUUCCCUUUCCCCUCAUGUUUAUAAGAAAUAAUGUGCCUCAGCACUAUAAUAAAGCAUCUCAUUACAAA